CGGCAUUUUCUUUCGUUUGGCCGUGCCACACUCACACUCACUAUCAAUAUGGCAAGAUCUUUCUUUCUUUCUUCCGCCUUGUUGGCGCUGCAAGCUGCCGCACAACAGGGAGCAUCAUACACUGACGCCAAGAGCGGCAUCACUUUCACGGGUUACUCUGCUUCUGGCUUCACCGUCGGUUUCGCUCUACCAGAAACCCCAGCAAAAGACUUUAUUGGACAGAUUGUCACUCCAAUUACCAACGAUGGAGGCUAUGGAGCUCUCACAAUGACAUCGUCUAUGACCGACUCUCUCAUGGUCGUAGCAUGGCCCCAUGAGGACAAGGUCAUCUCAUCUUUCCGCAAAGCCACGGGGUAUACCAACCCAGGCGUCGCCACUGGCGAUUUCAAGCUUACCACCAUUCCCGAUGGAACCUACGUCAACGACACCGCAUUCUCAUACACUUUCUUGUGCUCAAACUGCAUUGGCGAAGAUGGGCUCGUUCUCUCUGAUUCCACCAAUGUACUGGGUUACGCUUGGUCAAAUGACGCUCUCAAGACACCUACCUCAGCUAGCGGAGCUUUGAACUACCACAGCGGUGGCUUUGGUGCGUUUGGAGCCUCUCUAGACACCGCAAAGAGUGCCGAUUACGAAAAAUGGGCGGCCCUUGCUACGGGCGAUGCCUCUGCCGGCACUGGCAACGGUACAGGCAGCGGUAACUCGACUGCACCCAUCACUACUAACCCUACCAAUCUCACGGCCUCCAUUGCCAACGAGACUUACGAUUACAUUGUCUGCGGAGGUGGACCUGCGGGUAUCAUCUCUGCCAGUCGUCUUGCAGAGAGCGGUGCUUCCGUUCUCUUGGUUGAGCGUGGUGGUCCCUCUUACGCAGAGACUGGCAACAAGGAUACGCUAUCCUGGAAUAGCACAAGGACCAUGUACGAGGUCCCUGGGUUCGCCUACUACCUCAGUCAAGUUGGCAAGCCUGCUUACUGCACCGAUACUGCGAACAUGGCCGGCUGCAUCCUUGGUGGCGGCACUAUGGUGAAUGCCCUCAUGUUUGUUAAGCCCCAAGCUCGUGACUUCGACGACAAGUGGCCCACGGGAUGGAAGUGGAACGAUGUUGCUAAAGCUGCCGACCGAUUGUAUGAGCGCAACCCUGGCCAAAACUACGGUUCUAUGGAUGGUGUGCGCUACAACAACGAGGCUUACGAGGUCCUCUCCAAAUUCUUCGAAGCACAGGGCUGGGAACAGACUGAUUUCAUCAAGGGAGACCACAAUGCGCGGAAGGAUGUUUACGGCUACCCACCUUGGGAUCUCGCCAAUGGACUCCGCAAUGGACCUGUGCGCUCGUACCUCCCCAUUGCGAAGCAACAGAAGGGCUUCAAGCUUAUGCUCAACACCAACGUCGUCCGGGCUGUUCGCGACGGCUCUGCCAUCUCAGGAGUCGAGUUGGAGACUGAAGCUGGCGCUCGUGUCAUCUACAACGUAAAGGCUGGCGGCAAUGUUAUCCUUGCAUCGGGCGCCAUGUCUACUCCUCGCAUACUCUUCAACUCUGGUAUUGGUCCUGCUGAGCAGCUCCAGACUGUUGCGUCCGGCACCAGCGGUGUCAAGCUACCCGCUGAAUCUGACUGGAUUGACCUCCCCGUUGGUGCUGAGAUCAAGGAUCACACCAUCUUCACCAUCAAGUUCAACACCAACAGCACCCUUCCCGCUCUUCCCACUACCGAUUUCACCAGCCCAAGCCAGACUACAGUGGAUCUUUUUGCCAAGGGUGAUGGUAUCCUCGCACAAUCCGGCCAGCGUCUCAACUUCUGGACUUCCGUCAACACCACCAGCGGCAAAGAAGUAUUCAUUCAGGGCACUUGCAACGGACCUGCCAACAACACUGUUCAGAUGAAGAUUUACCUGACCCACGGCACUAGCUCUAUCGGAAGCUUGGGAAUCACUCCUGACGGCGCCACUGAGCUUACCAAGGAGCCUUGGAUGCAGACUGACGAAGACAAGGAGGCCAUUACCACUUUCAUGAACCGUCUCCUCAAGAUGACCAAUGCUCCCGGCUCCAGUCUCUCUGUCCAGUCUUCUGGCAGUGGCAAUGUUACCGCUGCCGAUUUGAUCAAGGACCAUGUCACUGGCUCCCACUGGGUUGGCACGGCAAAAAUGGGCAAGAAAGGUGAGGCUGGCGUUGUCGUUGACUCUGACACCAAGGUCUACGGAACCGACAACUUGUUUGUUGUCGACGCUUCUUUCCACCCUGAUCUACCCACUGGAAACACUCAAGCCAUUGUCAUGGUCGCUGCUGAGAAGGCUGUUGAACGCAUCAUGGCUCUCAAGGGCGGAAAGGUGCCCUCUGCUUCCAACGUAGCUCCCGUUGCAUCCGCAGCUGCAUCCUCCGAAGCAGUCCCAACUCUGUCGGCUAGCUCUGCCCCAGUACAGGCGACCCCUCCCACGCAGUCUACCCCGGCUGCCAACCCCUCUCAGUCCGUUCAACCUUCCAAAGCAUCGCAAACUGCGGCUCCAUCCCAGCCAACCCAGUCCGCCCCAAGCAAUGGCAACAAGCCAAACCCUUACUGGCAGGCGCCCCCGGGAAACUCUUGGUGGAACCCAAAGGAAAAGCGCCAGACUGUUCACAGGCACCUUCGUAAGCGGGCAUAUGCUCAUGGUCCCGUCUGGCCUAACCCUACCGAGAACUAA